ACCGCUGCGCGUGGCGGGAAGGCGCCAUGAUGGCGGGCCGGCGCGGGGCCCUGAUAGUGCUGGAGGGCGUGGACCGUGCGGGGAAGAGCACGCAGAGCCGCAAGCUGGUGGCCACGCUGUGCGCCUCCGGCCACCGCGCCGAGCUGCUCCGCUUCCCAGAAAGAUCAACUGAAAUUGGCAAACUUCUGAGUUCUUACUUGGAAAAGAAGAGCGAGGUGGAAGAUCACUCAGUGCACCUGCUUUUCUCUGCGAACCGCUGGGAGCAAGUGCCGUUAAUUAAGAAGAAGUUGAGCCAAGGUAUCACCCUCGUUGUCGACAGAUACGCAUUUUCUGGAGUCGCCUUCACCAGUGCCAAGGAGAAUUUUUCCCUGGACUGGUGCAAGCAGCCAGACGUGGGCCUCCCGAAGCCGGACCUGGUGGUGUUCCUUCAGUUACGGCUGGCAGAGGCCGCCACCCGGGGAGAGUUUGGCCGCGAGCGCUAUGAGAACGGAAAGUUCCAGGAGCGGGCGCUGCAUUGCUUCCAUCAGCUGCUGGCGGAUGAGACUCUGAACUGGAAGAUCGUCGACGCCUCCAGAAGCAUCGAAGAUGUCCACAAGGAGAUCCACGCCCUCUCCGUGGACACCCUCCGGGCCGUGGCGCAGAAGCCGCUCGGGGAGCUGUGGAAGUAGACGCGCAGCACCCCUCAGUGGCAGCCCCUCAGGGCAGAGCCGCCGGGGAGGUGGACAUCCCGACCACGUGUGCACACGCGGACUGGGCACCGACAGCCACGGGCCAGCCCCUUGUGAGGCGGCAGGGCGCCAGGGACUCCGAGCACCCGGCGAGCAGCGUGUCUGAUGGAGCUUGAUGCCCGCGUCCGAGCAGUUUCACUAAGAUGGCAGUCAGCUGCAACUCCUCAAUCUUUUAUAGGAAUAAAAACGACUUUGCAGAC